AUGUCAGCAAAUGAAAAAGAAAAAAUCCUCCCAAAAGAAGAACUAUCUGAAAAGAAAUCCACAAAAUUAGACAAAACGAAGCAAAGUGACAUAAAGGAAAAAGUGUAUACAACCAGGCAAGUUGAAACUUCCGUAACUCUUAUCGAUAGUCCCGAAGCGGAUGUUGUAUUAGAAGCGUUGCUGUUUAUUUCAAAAUAUGCAGACAUUAGUAAGAACAAUUUGGCUGGCCUCAUUAAAAGCGGCAUAGUACAAAAACUAAUGAACAAUUGCACUAAAAACAUUUGCAUAUUGAGGCUGUCUCUCAGAUUGUUGUCAGUCCUUGUAAAUAUUGAAGAAGGUUUAUAUGAAAUUGAUCAGAACAAAUAUGACGAUCAAAUAAUAAGCAUUGCCAAUAUGUACAUGGAACACAAAGAUUCCCACGUGGAAGAGCUUGCUGCUGAAGUACUUGCGAAAAUUGCAAGUUCUUGCCGAAUUACUACUCUUAUUUUCAAAGUGAAACUCCUCAUUCCAGUAUUCGAGAACAUGAAGAAUUCAAAGAAUGUUAAUUUGUUAUAUCAUUCAAUGCUUUUGUUCUGCGAGCUGAUUGAAGCUCCUGCAGCUGUGUCCGCACUUGCUGAACACAAUUCCUGCGAUUUAAAUAUUAUCGUAACGCAUCUGAGUAGCAAGGACGAUAAAAUAUCCAAUUUGGCGUUGAAUGUUUUUGAAAAACUUUCCACAUAUGGCCUGCCUUUUAUCCAAGAUACUUUACGAAUAAUAUCUCUGAUGGAAAAAAUGUUUACGAUUAUUAUGAACGAUGAAAAAGAACAACAACAUGUAAAUGCCAUUCAAAUAGUUCAAAAUUGCUUAAACUCCAGUGAAACCAGCAGCUAUUUUGUUGAAUCCGUUGAAUUCUUAGAACUAUGCCAAUGGGUAAAAACAUGUCAUCCAAAAUAUCUGCUGCCGUUAAUAGAAGUCUUCAUAAAGCUGACUGGCAUUCCGGAGCUAAAGCAAAUUCUAUUUGACCUAUCAGUUGAAGAGUCGAUUUUAUUUUUCUUCAGAUACAAAAAUAAGCAAGUACUUAAUAAAACGUGUGUGGCAAUUUCUAACAUGACAACCCACAAAUAUUGCUGCGAAGCAAUGUUGACGCCGGUGGUUGCUGGUGAUCUAAUUGAAAUGCUUCAGCGACAAAAUGAUGAAGAAGAUCCAUAUAACGAAAUUGCUUUGAAAACAGUAUUUUUCUUCAUACGUAGAAAUAUCAAAGCCUUGGAUGUUUUUCUCCAGAACCGUUUAAAAACUAUUUUAUUGGACUUUUUCUAUAACAAAAUUUCGAAGCUCAGUCCUGAUGGUAUCUACAUGGUUUUGGAAAUAUUGUACAAAUGCUUGGUUCACCCUAAGUAUCAGGAAGAGUUCGCUACUGAAGAUAUUUUAAGAGAAAUUUUGAACCACUUGCAAUCGCCACAAGUGAAAAUAGCAACAAUUUGUUGUGAAAUUAUGGCGAGUGUUGCCUCUUUGGACACAUUCAGAAGGAUUUUUAUGGGAAAUAAAGGUCCUAAAAUAUGCGUUGAAAUCUUGAGUAGUACUGAAGAUCUUAAUUUGCUUACACAAAAUUUAUAUUUGAUAUUUUCCUGUCUCAUAUAUGAAGAUGUGGCAAUGGCUUUCCUGCACAAUGGUUUAUUGACUGAAUUGAAGAAUUUUAGUGACUAUGUUGUACAACAAAUUCCAUUUUGCAACAGAGUCAAAUGCUUAGCGCUAAACUAUUAUCAACCUAUUAAGUUUUAUGAAACAGGUCUAUUGGAAAUAACUAAUAAACUGCCUAACAAAUUCUAUAUUAUAAACGGUCAAUGGAAUGGCCCCUUUCCGUUUUUGAGAAUAUUGGACAUGAUGAAAGUUUCGCCAUACCCAACUAUUUAUAUAGUGGACUACUCUUACGAAGUGAAAAAAGGCUUAAACCCCGAAAUCGAAAGUCAAAUUAGCUUACGUUCUUCAGAAAGUACAAUCUCGAGCUUAAGUGUGUCCUCCACCUUGCGGAGUUCCCGUGGAACAUCACUAACAGAGAUUCCGUCUGCGAUAGACAUUAAUUAUGGAAAAGUAUCCAGUGAUGUUUUUUUACCUAGAUAUAUUUAUCAUAUCAGAAAAUAUGAUCAAUUUUUAGAAGGUCCUAUGAAAAACCGGAUUAAGUUUUUAUCCGAAUAUGUAGACACGUUAUUAUCUGGCUCAAGAUCACAUGCUAGUGUGCCCGAAAAGAUUCAUGAAUACAAGCUCCAUAUACAGUGCCUCAAACACAAACUGGGCAAUAAUAUCAUUCCUAUAGGAUUUCUACGAUUAGGAUUUCAUUGCGAAAAAUCACUGCUUUUCAAGGCGCUGGCUGAUAAAAUUUGUAUACCUUGCUCCCUAGUUAAAGGCAGUUCUAGAAUAUAUUGGAACGAAGUAGCCCUACUUGAAAACAUCGACGGCUGUGAGAAAAUUAGAUUUUAUGUUGUAGACUUGAUUAACGAAGUGGGUGAACUAUUAUUAGUUGGGUCUAGAGAAGCUAGUAAAUAUUGUAACUUAAAUUAG